UAAUGAUGCAUCUUAAAAAUGGUUUGACAAGAAAGAAUAUGUUGGUUGACUAUUCUCUAUUAUAAGGUCAAAAAUCAUUAUAAUAUUGUUUAAGGUUGACUCUAUCAUUACGAAUGAUAAAUCUUAUCAGUAUUUUCCAUGAUGUAAUAAUUAAGAAUAAAGGUAAUUGACAUACAGGAUUUAUUGUUUGUUUUUUUUAAAAAAAAGUAUUGAUUUUCUUGAUGAUAAUUAUUUUAGGUGAUCCAGAACCGUUUAUUGAUCCAACUAGAUAUACGUUAUUUGCCUUUCGUUUUUGUCCAUUCUGUGUACGUGUUAAAUUGACCUUAAGUUUCCAUAAAAUUGACUAUGAUUUAAUUCAAGUCUCACUUAAUGAUAAACCAGAUUGGUUAAUGAAAUAUUCGCCGUUGGGUAAAGUUCCACUACUUAUAAAUCAAGGUGAUAAACUUCUUGAAUCUGAUUUAAUUAUGCGAUUUGUGGAUGAAUUACAUGGAGAAAAAUCUUCAUUGAUGAGCAUAUGUGGUGUAGAGAAAUUUCAAAAUGCGGCUGAAUUAGCUAAAAAGUUUUUCAGUCCUGGAUAUUCUAUAUUAUAUGGAGUGACCGUUAGUGAAUUGGAUGUGGUGAAAUUCCGUGAAGCUUGUUCUGAAUUGGAUAAUUCAAUCAAUAGUAAAUAUUUUGCCGGAGAUCAAUUGAGUUUGGCUGAUUUGAUCCUCUUCCCUAUGAUUGAUUACUUUGAAAUCAUUUUGGGCAUUAUUCAUCAUAUAAAUUAUGAUCAAAUUUAUGAAAUGAAAAUAAAUGAUAAAUUAUAUAAUGAAGCUAAAACAUGGUCAAAUCUACUCAAUUAUUUAAUUACAAUGAGACAAGAAUCUUUUGUAUCUGAUAUACGAAUAUCGACUAAUAUUACAGCAAAAUUUAUUGCUUCUAAACGAUCUGGUUUAUCAAAUCCUGACAUUCAGUAG